AUGGUGUCCCAGCUGAGCGCCCUGCAACGGGAGCUCCUGGGCGCUUUGCUCAGCUCCGGAGCCACGAAGGAGGGGCUGAUCCGAGCCCUGGAGGACAUGGUGCCCGCCGGCGGCUUCGGCGUCAAGCUGGAGAGCCUGCCGCUCUCCCCCGGCGGGCCGCCCGACGGCAAGGCCGCCUUCCCGCCGCUGGCCAACGGGCACGGGAAGGGCAAGCUCUCCGGCGACGAGGGCUCGGAGGACGGCGACGACUUCGACACGCCGCAGAUCCUCCGCGAGCUGCAGGCGCUCAACACGGAGGAGGCCGUGGAGCAGCGGGCCGAGGUGGACAGGAUGAUCAGCGAGGACCCGUGGCGGGCGGCAAAGAUGAUCAAGGGGUACAUGCAGCAGCACAACAUCCCGCAGCGGGAGGUGGUGGACGUCACCGGCCUCAACCAGUCGCACCUCUCCCAGCACCUCAACAAGGGCACCCCUAUGAAGACGCAGAAGAGAGCUGCCCUCUACACGUGGUACGUCCGCAAGCAGCGGGAGAUCCUCCGGCAGUUCAACCAGACAGUCCAGGGUUGUGGAAAUAUGACAGACAAAAGCAGUCAGGAUCAGCUGCUGUUUCUCUUUCCAGAGUUCAAUCAGCAGAACCAAGGGGCUGCCCAGCUCGACGAUGCCUGCUCCGAAACCCCCAGCAAGAAGAUGCGUCGCAAUCGGUUCAAGUGGGGGCCGGCCUCCCAGCAAAUCUUGUACCAAGCCUACGACCGCCAAAAGAACCCCAGCAAGGAGGAGCGCGAGGCUCUGGUGGAGGAGUGCAACAGGGCCGAGUGUCUGCAGCGAGGGGUGUCUCCCUCCAAGGCGCACGGGCUCGGCUCCAACCUGGUGACGGAGGUCCGCGUCUACAACUGGUUCGCCAACCGGCGGAAGGAGGAGGCUUUCCGCCAGAAGCUGGCCAUGGACGCCUACAGCUCGGGCCAGCCCCCGCACAGCAUGAACCUGCUGCUCUCCCACGGCUCCCCCCACCACAACCAGCCCAGCGCCUCGCCUCCCAGCAAAAUACCAGGGGUCCGGUACAGCCAGGCGGCGAGCGGCGAGGCGGCAUCCUCCGGGGCCAUCAGCCACCACGGCAGCGGUUCCAUGGUCACCACCAGCCAGGCGGUCCUGCAGCAGGUCUCCCCGGCUGGCUUGGACCCGGGCCACGGUUUGCUCUCGCCCGACGGUAAAAUGAUCUCCGUUUCGGGGGGCGGGCUGCCCCCGGUGAGCACCCUGACCAACAUCCACAGCUUGUCGCACCACAACCCGCAGCAGUCCCAGAACCUCAUCAUGACGCCGCUCUCAGGAGUCAUGGCCAUCGCACAGAGUCUGAACACCUCGCAGGCGCAGAGCGUACCUGUUAUCAACAGCGUUGCCGGCAGCUUGGCAGCUCUACAGCCGGUCCAGUUCUCCCAGCAGCUCCACAGCCCGCACCAGCAGCCGCUGAUGCAGCAGUCGCCCAGCCAUAUGACGCAGCAGCCUUUUAUGGCCACCGUGACUCAGCUGCAGAACUCGCACAUGUAUGCACACAAACAGGAGCCUCCCCAGUAUUCCCACACCUCCCGCUUCCCCUCGGCGAUGGUGGUGACGGAUACCAGCAGCAUCAGCACGCUGACCAAUAUGUCUUCCAGUAAGCAGUGUCCCCUGCAAGCCUGGUGA